AUGAUUGAUAAUGUUGACUUGGAAGAUCAUAGUUUUUCUGCUACACCAUCUACCGGUCGGCCAUCUACUCCGACUAGUGAUACCGCUACCAGUGCCCCGCUACCUACCCGCACUUUACUAAAUCGCAAAAAGAAGACGGCCUCAAAUAACAAUGAAGCAGCUGAAGUUAUGUCUAAAAUUAGUAAAAAAUUGGAAUUAUUGCAGGAAGAUUCACCUGACCGAUUUGGAAAACAUGUCGCUUAUAGACUUCGAACAGUCCAUCCUGAUCAACUCAAGUUUGCAAUGAAACUUAUCUCUGAUGUUUUAUUUGAGGCGGACACGUUAUCCUUAAAUAGAUAUUCCAAAAUUAUGACUGAAGACCAGAUCCCUCCUCCUCAACAGUCUCAACGAGAAACCAUACAGCAACACUUUAACCAAUAUGCACCACAUUGUAUCACCAAUACCGAACCAAAUGGACAAAUUCCAACUUACGUUGAUUUGGGCAGUUCCUGUAGUACCAUUCGUAUAUCCGAGGUUAAACGAAUUAGUUUAUCUAUUGACAUAUCUUGUAUUAUUGUGCUUCAUGGUUAUGGCAAUGGAAGGGUAUCCGCACUAGGAACUGUACAUUUUACAAUCACUGUAGAUGAAGUUCAAGAAGCAAUUACCGUUUAUGUGAUACCCAAUUCAGCUCAAAAUGUCCCAAUUUUAUUAGGAAGAAACUUCACUGAGAGACCUAGUACAUUGGUGAUUAAAGAUGACGCGCCCAUUACAGUUUUUCAAACAAUUACAAGAGCCACAAUUACUUUCUACAAAAGCCACCCAAGGAAAAUCCAAAGUUAUCUUACACAUAACUGA